CCUCUCUUCUGACCUUUUAUCCUCGAUCCUAAUAUGGGCGGUAAUCACCUAGCGCCUCUACUCAUCGCUGAACAUGAAUAGCUCUCAAGCUCCCCAGCGUGGCACCGUGGCCGAUCGAAUUCGGGCCUUUCAAGAUGUGCAGAUGCUAGAGUCCAGAGCUCCUACUUUCAACCUCGCGCCCCGUGUACUGACGCAAGCCAAAGAAUCCGGCAUCUAUGAGGCUCAAGGUAGAAGAGAGAGUCUCAGUUUUGCUUCGCCGGCUGGACGAGCUUCAAGAGAUGGGAAUGAGGGAUUUCGGGGCGAUGGUCGACCCCCUGUCAGCUCGGUCUUCUACAAGAAACCACGUCCAGUCAAAGAGGUGGUAGAGCAUGAGAACCCUGUCAGAACCGUGCCUUCCCGACCCGUCACCAGCAUGGGCGAAAGCUCCAACGCUCCGAGCGUUCCACGCCGGCCUCCCGAGAGCGGUCAGGCUCAGACACUCCACAGAAGAUAUCGUUCCAUGGAGACGAUGGAAGAUCCGGCUCAGGAAAUAGCCGUGGCGCGAUCCAGACUUAAGUCAGUUGCAGAGAAAUCUGCCAACAGGAUUUCCCAAGGCGAUAGAGCCAACACACUAGCUGAGCUGAAUACUAUGUUGGAUGAUGCCAUUGAAGAGUCUGGACCGCAAGUACUUUCCGAGGAAGGUACCGGGAACAUCACUCCGAUGCCUGUUUCGCUCAGUCGGUCUAACACGAGCCACACUGUCCGUCGUCAGUCCAAUACACGAGGCACAGACACCAGGCGAAGCAUAGAUUCUGUCAGGCCACGCAGCAGCGAGGAGUCCUUGAGAGUGGUUUAUCCGGCUGAGCCACAGAUGCAGUCGCCACGGAAGCCCACCCUGCCUGCUGCAGACAAAGCCUCCCAGGCCACCUCUUCACUUGCUGUCGCCGGCAGAUCGAACAGGCAUCCGGAGGGCCGGCCGCCUGAGCCUGAUCACGAGUCUGUCGUCCGCCCAUCUCAGCCAGGUAGAGAAGUCAGUCCGGUCAAGCGACGAGCUGCCAUGUUUGAAAGCCUCAAUACGACGCCGCUAGACCACGAUCAACCACAUGAACAUGCUCACCAGCACAAGCAACAUCAAGCCGACCACGAUAACCGGCACGGGGCGAAAAAGUCGCACAGAAUAACCUUUGGGGAAACAAUUGAAGAGCGGCCAGGAACACCAUUGAUACCCUUGGUUUUGCCAACAAUGGUCAGCAGGCACCAGAAGUCAGAUGAAACAGGUUCGACUCCUAGAUCAACAAACCCAGCUGAACAAGAGCAUCUGCCUGAAGCAGAAAAGGAGCCGACUGGUGAUGAGAGUGCACAACCAGAUAAACAACGCAAGACGUCCUUGGUGUGGCCUUUCAAGUGGGGCAUUUUCAACAAGUCUCCUGCCGUUCCAUCUCAAGAACCUGAGCAGCCAUCCACAGAAGAGGCCAAACCCGAGCCACAUCCUCAGGCGCGACCGAGUAUUGUGAGAAGCAGAGUCCAUGAGUUGAUGCAAGCAGCCAGCGAACAAGAAGACGCUCAGAAGCGCCGAAAUUAUUCUGAACGAGAACGACUGAGUCGCCGACAGACUCGGGCUCCCACAUUGUUGGUCACCGAGUCAGAAUUGCAGGAAAACAAGGUGGACUUGGAGCAUUUGAAGCCAGCACAGAUGCCUCCUCUACAAGUCCCAGCACAGGAGGAAGUGGAAGGUUUGAAGCCUUCCAUAAAGCCAGAAGAUGUACCUCUGCCAAGGACGCCUCUGCAAAGAGCAAUGUCCGAGAAGCAAGUCUUGGUGCCGCCAGCUGUGGCUGAAGAACCGGAUGAACAGAGCAGGAGCCCAUCAAAAUCCGCACCUCGAACGCCCGUAAGAGGAAGACCAAGGAAGUCGGUUCACCGAGGUUCCAUUGGUGAAACCCACGGUAUUGAACAGCAGUUUAAGCUAAGUCCUGGCCCAAGCCGAAGUGUUUCAAGAAGUGGUAGAGGAGGAGUGAAGGUGGAGGUUGAGGUCCGAGAUAGUCCGGAGCGAGAAGCCAGGGAGAGAGGUGAGAGGAUUGUCAUCAUCCGAGCUGAUGUAGAGGCUGGCAAUGACAAGGACUAGCAGAGUCAAGGAUUUUGUGGCUAAUGUCUGUGUCUGUAUUCGUUCCAGAGGUAUGCGUUAUGGAUCGAAGAAGCAGAAAGCAGCAUCAUACCACAUUGCGGGUGGGAAAGGAAGCCAGCAGGAUGGAUUACGAAUCACAAGACGGCGACUCUAG